AUGGCGAGCAAGUUCUGGGGCGGGUCGUCCUCCGAGUCGGACAGCGAUCGCCGCCAACCGCUGGGCGUGGACUCGGACUCGGACUCGGAUGAGGACGUCCGCGUCGUCGUCUCGGCCAAGGACAAGGCGCUAACGGCGCUCCAGACGGCGUGCGCGCUCAUCACCAACUUUCUCAAGAUCAACGACUGGAGCAAGAUCCAGGGCGAGUUUGAUGUGAUGGCCAAGACCAUGGACAACGCCAAGGCCAAGCAGGCCAUCCAGGCCAACGGGUACCCCAAGUACUACAUCCGCGUCAUGGCGCAGCUCGAAGAUGCGAUGACGACGUCGCUCAAGAACAAGUCGGACAAGAAGAUGAGCAAGGAAAACUCCAAGGCGCUCAUCCGCAUGAAGGGCAAGAUCAAGAAGCACAACGAAGCCAUUGUCAAGCAGCUCGAGGAAUACCGUGCUGACCCGUCGGCCUUUGAGAGCGAGCCCGAGAGCAGCUCGUCGAGCGACUCGAGCUCCGACUCGGACUCGGACUCGGAUUCUGACUCGGACAAGGACAGCGAUAAGGAUUCAGACGACGACUCGGAGAAGGACAGCGCUUCGGACGAUUCGGACAAGUCGUCGGACAAGUCGUCGGACGACAAGGACUCGGACGACGAUGAUUCGGAUGACGAUGAUAAUUCGGACAACUGGGCUUCGAGCUCGAGCUCGAGCUCGUCGUCCGAUGACGACGACGCCAACGUCAACCUCCUCAAGGGCCGUGCGCGUUGGUUGAAGGCGACCCCUGCCGUCAACACCAAGGGUCCCAAGGUCAAGGGCCCGAAGGCGCCCCGUGCCGAGAAGGUCAAGGUCGUCGCCGAGGCCAAGAAGCCCGCCGCCGAGGAAGACCUCAAGCUCUCCAAGAGCGGCUUUGACAAGAAGAUCAAGGAGGUCAUUGCCCUUCGCGGUAAGCGCGGUACGGACAUUGGUGAGCAGCUCUCGGCGCUCCGCAAGCUCGUGCAGUACUCGCGCCGCCUCGGCCCCGCCCGUGAGCUCACGGCCACCAUGUACAUGGUCGGCGCUACGAUGUUUGACACGUCGAGCAAGAUCGACAAGGUGCUCUCGACGCGUCUCUGGAAGCAGGCGCACAGCGACAUGCAGACGAUCUUGGACCUCCUCGAGAAGAACACGGGCUUCACGCUCGCGCCGCUGACCUCCGAGGACCAGGCGGACAUCAUCCGCGUCACGGCAUCGCGCAACAACGCCGACGCGACGGCCGACGACGAGGAAGACGACGACUCUGUCGCUGACCACCUUCCGGUCGCUGGCUCCAAGGGCGUCAUCAAGGUCUCGGGUGACCUCGCCGCGUUCAUCGAGCGCCUUACGGACGAAUACACCAAGAGCCUCCAGCAGAUGGACCCGCACACGGCCGAGUACAUUGCGCGCCUCUACGACGAAGCGCUUCUCUCGGAGCUCGCUCGCCGCGUCCAGGCCUACUAUGUGCGCAUCUCGGACUUUGUCCGCGCGGCCUCAGUCGCGCUCAUCCGCGCCGAGCUCAUGUACUACAAGCACGAGUCGAUCGCGUCGGCGCUCCACGUUUCGAACGCCAAGCGUGCCAAGUAUGGCGAGCCGGCGCUUUUGCACCCGGCGUCCGAGUCGACGACCGCCAAGGCCGUGCCCAUCAAGGCGUACAACCCGUCGCUCAUGCACCCGGCGUCGAUCCUCGGCCAGCCGACGGUCGAGGUGGCGCCGCUCGACAUUGAGACGGAGCUCAACGACCUCUGCCUCUUUGUGUACAAGCACGCGGACGACCGCAGCAAGACGCGCGCGAUGCUCUGCCACAUUUACCACCACGCGGUCCACGACCGGUUCCACGAAGCGCGCGACCUGCUCCUCAUGUCGCACUUGCAGGAGACGAUCGUGCACACGGACAUUGCGACGCAAAUCCUCUUCAACCGCAUGAUGGCGCAGCUCGGCUUGUGUGCCUUCCGCUCGGGCCUCAUGUGGGAAGCGCACGCGUGCCUCUCGGAGAUCUGCACGGGCUCCAAGACCAAGGAGCUCCUCGCGCAGGGCCUCGCGUCGUUCCGCCACCAGGAGCGCGACCCGGACCAGGAACGCCUCGAGCGCCGCCGCCAGGUGCCGUACCACAUGCACAUCAACUUGGAGCUCCUCGAGCUCUGCCACUUGACGUCGGCCAUGCUGCUCGAAGUGCCCAACAUGGUGCUCUCGCGCACGCAGGACCGUCGCCGCGUCAUCUCCAAGGCGUUCCGCAAGCUCCUCGAGUUCCACGACCGCCUCGUGUUUGCGGGCCCGCCCGAGAACACGCGCGACCACAUUGUGUCGGCGGCCAAGGCCAUGGCCCAGGGCAACUGGCAGUACAGCAAGGAGCUCAUCUGCGGCCUCGCGGUCUGGGAUCUCUUCCCCGGCGCCGGUGUCUCGGAGCGCGUCAAGGCCAUGGUCCAGCACAAGAUCCAGGUCGAAGCGCUCCGCUCGUACCUCAUGGCGUUCUCGGAUGCUUACGAAGCGCUCAACCUCGCGCAGCUCUGCGCCAUGUUUGGCCUCGACUCGAAGACCGUCCACAGCGUCGUGUCCAAGAUGAUGAUCAACGAGGAGCUCCAGGGUGCGUGGGACCAGGGCUCGCAGUCGAUCGUGCUUCACAAGGUCGAGCGCACGCGCCUCCAGCUGCUCGCGCUCCAGCUCUCGGACAAGAUUGGCACGCUCGUCGAAAACAACGAGCGCAUGAUGGACUUGCGCUCGGCGGCGCUGAGCACCAAGGACGAGGCCUCGACCGCGGGCAACCGCCGCCCGAACGACAGCCGCAGCACCAACAACGCGCGGCCCAACAACGCCAAGGGCAACUCGAACGCGAUGCGCGGUAACAACAACAACAACAACAGCAGCGCAACCAACACCAAGGGCACGAGCAAAGCCACGAGCAAGCGGUGGUAA